CGAAAUAUGUUGCGUUACAUCCAAACAAGUUGCAAUGGAUGCGAAACUGAUAUUAAUUGGAGCAGUUAAUGAAGGCGAACGAAGUAUUUUAAUGUCUUGUUGAUCAAACCAAAUUGUUCAACAAGCAGCGCACGAAACAUAUUUCCUAACAUUGGUUCUCGUCACACUGGAUUUAAACUUGCCAUUAAUUAACAGUUAAUAAAGAUAAGGACAGAGUAUUUUAAUUUCUUAAAAACUGUUUACGUUUGUCGUGGUUGAAGAAAAGAUAUCAAACUCGUAAAUUUCAGGUUUAACAUGAAAAAUAUGCUAGCUUUUGCAUUCAUCUUAUAUUUUACAAGCCAAGUAAUUGCAGAAAACAUCACGGCGACCCUGCAAGUUCAAUUUAAUUCUACCGAUCAUGAAAAUCCUGCACCAUUAAACCAAACAUUAAUCCGUGGUACGUACGCUAUUGAUGCAUUCAUUGCAGCCAAUAACACACCAUGCUACAACUUUGUGUAUACUGUUUCGAAAUUUGGAGCUUUCAUUCCUGAAGUCUGUGAUGUGAAACAGAACAAUGGAUCCUAUUGGUUUUUCUAUAUCAACAACAUACGUUCUUCUGUUGGUGUUUCCUGCUACGAAGUAAAAGACAACGAUGUAUUAACCUUGCGUUAUGAGAAGUAUGUACCAAAUACGCAUCAAGGAAUGAUGAGCUCCCAAAAUGUUACGACAACACUACAAGUUGAAUUUGUCUCUAUUGAUCACCAAAAUCCUCCGCCUCAAAACCUAACGAUCGGUCGUGGAACAUUUGCCAUUGAUGCAUUCAUUGCAGCCAAUAACACACCAUGCUACAACUUUGUGUAUACUGUUUCGACGUUUGGAGCUCUCAUUACUGAAGUCUGUGAUGUGAAACAGAACAAUGUAUCCCAUUGGUUUUUCUAUAUCAACAACACACGUUCUUCUGUUGGUGUUUCCUGCUACGAAGUAAAAAACAACGAUGUUUUAACCUUGCGUUAUGAGAACAGUUCUUAUGCGGUCCCUACAACAACCCCUGCAGCUACAGCAACCACUGCAGCUACCACAACUCCUUCGCGAGCCAGUAAACUGUCGUUUUCCUAUCUUUUUUGUUUACUUUGCUUUCUUUUCGCACAGAUAUAACGUUACAACUUUAGUAGCUAACUACUUGUUUAUAUUUAAAGAAGUUGUAUAGUCAUAUGUAUUAUUUAGCUACAAUCCUGCAUAAAAUCCAUUGUAGAAAUCACGUAUUAAUUUAUAAGUUUUACCUUUCUGUAAACAAAUAGUGAUAAAAAUCAAGAUCCGUCUAUAAUAUUCUAAACAACUAUCUUCUUAACGUGUUAGCUUUCUGAAGCUGAAAGAUUCUAAAUUAUAGUCUUUUUUUUGUACAUUGCAUAAGCCGGUAGAGCGGUAACACCAAUUCUAAUAUCUUACGCCUUAUACCUAUAUACAUGCAUGUUUCUUUUGUGUACGUAAAAAUAAUUUUGUAUGAAUAUAUAACAUUCACUUUUACCUUUUCUAAA